AAGAAAACAUAAUAAUUCUUAAUACUUUCCUUUCAAUGACAUUGCAUAAAAUACGGCUAUAUAGGAUCAUAAAUAAUCCCAAAAUUCAACAGAAUUCAAGUGUGAACUAAAAUGGAUCUUGGUAGAUUAAAACGCAGUAUUUGGGCUAGUUUUUUAAUAUAUAUUUUUAUCUACUAUUUGAAUAACUACUGAAUUUGUGAGCUUCUGAUAUGGUAGUUCUGCUUUCUAUAUUACUUAGAUCAUUGUUUUUCUUCUUGUCAGAUGCUAACAUCAGAGAAGUUGGCCUUGAGGGGGCAUUAUUGAUCUUGCUAGACAAAGAGACAGAUGACAAAUUAUGCCAUGAUAUCAAAGAGACUUUGAAUUAUAUGCUUACAUCUAUGGCUGUGGAAAAACUCUCCCUUUGGUUAAAGCUUUGUAAAGAUGUACUUGCUGCAUCAGCUGAUUUUACAGCUCUAACUUGUGUGGAUACAAUGCAAGAAGAAGAAGGAGAUAAAGGGGAUGAUGCCUCAGUCCUGACCACCAGACAUGAUGAAAAAUCCCAUCCUUUUACCAAUCCCCAAUGGGCUACUAGAGUCUUUGCUGCUGAAUGUGUCUGUAGGAUAAUUAACCAAUGUGAGAAUGCUAACAGUGCACAUUUUGACAUUGCUUUAGCACAAGAAAUGAAAAAAAGAGAUUCAAGAAGUAAGUGACAUAGUAAUAAAAACACCAAAUGAUAUGUGUAAAAAUGCUGUCUGCUUAUGGUUUUAAUAUUAAUUUUAAAAAUAAAACUAGUCAGACACAGUGGCUCAUACCUAUAAUCCCAACA